AUGAUUAUAAUGUCUUCUUCCACCUCCACUUCCACCUCUUCUUAUUCUCCUUCAAUAAAUGCCCCUCCAAACUCUUCCCCACCUUCCCCCUCUUCUCCUCCAAAUUCUCCCCCAUCUUCUCCAACAAUUAGUAAUUCGGAAAUAAAAAAUACAAAAAAACUUUUUUCAAAAAAAUUUGUUGGACAAGAAAAUUGUUUUGAAACAAUUGCUAGAUUGGCAGGAAUUGAUGAUCAAGAAGAAGUAGAAGAGGAAGAGGAAAUAAAUAAAAAAGAAAUAAAAGAGGAAUUAAAAGAAAUAACGGAAAUAAAUGAUUUAAUAAACAAUGAAGAUGUUGAUAAUGAGGACAAAAAAGACAAAAAAUUAAAUGAAAUGAAUUAUACAAAUAAUAAAAAUAAAAAAGAAAUACCAAUUAAUUCACAAUCAUGUAACAAUUUAUUUUCUUCAUCCUCACGCCGGAAGAAUGGAAACCCAACAAGAAUGAUUGAUGAAAUUAUUUUAAAAAAUUUGAGAAGGAAAAGGAAUUUAGAAGAAGAAAAAGAAGAAGAGGAUGAGGAAAAAGAAGAAAAUAAAGAUGAAGAAGAGGAAGAGGAUGAAGAUAAUAAUAAAUCAGGAAACGAAAGAGAUAUACCAGUUGCAGACUCAAAUGAGAACAAAAUUCAGGGAGAAAUUUUAGGCCAAAAUAAUAAUAGUAGCAAUGAAUGCCCGCCCCCAUUACCAUUUGAGGGACUCUUUUCACCUUCCUAUGCCACUGAUAUAAACAGAACAGAGGAAAUGCCUUUUGGAGAGGAAGGGGUGGAGCAACAACAACGGAAACAAUUUUAUACACAAUUAAUUCAACAAUAUGGGAAUAAUAAUCAAAUAUUUGAUAUCCAACGUAAAAUGGCCAAUUAUUUAAAGGAAGAUUUGAAUGGAAUAAUUUGUUCUGGGGCUAUUGAUAAGGUCUUAACUGACAUUUCUUCACAAGAAUUACACAACAACAAUACACAAACUAGUCGUUUUCUUGCAGCAUUACAACAAAAUGUUCGUCAACAACAAUUUGGACUUUUUGGGAAUAAUAUCCGUACUUUAACAACUUCAAUACCUUCUUUUAUUCCCCAUUCUUCAAUGCCUUUAUCAACAUCUUCCCGUAUUUUUUCUUCAUCAAUGCCUUCCUCUUCUUCAUCUAUUUCAUUAAUUAAUUCCAAUAUUUCCCCUUCAUCAACAGUUAAUCCCUUUCAGGCUUUUCUAGCAAUUACCCAAAAUCCAUUAAUUGCCACAGCAAUGGCUGCUGCAGCAGCGGCAGCUUCUUUUGCCCAACAACAACAACAAUCACAAAUUUCGGCUCAAAAUUCUAAUAAUAAUAAUCAAAAUGGAAUAUUUCCUUCAUCGUUAACAGUUACAGAAACAAAUAAAAAAUUAAAUUUUUCACAGCCUCGUCCAACAAUUAAUUUACAAAGAUUUCAACAAAAUAAUGAUGGAAGCCCUAGAAAGAAAAGACAAAAAGUAACAGAUUCUGUUCGGGGCCCCCGUUCUAAUUUACACUGUCGAGAACCUUCAAAUAAUUACAAUUCAACUUGUGAACGUUUAACUCCAAAUGGAGGAUUUGUUAUGCCUACAAUGGUUCCCCAACAACGAGUUUUUUGUUCCCCCGACAGAAAUUUAGGUGAUAGUCCAUCAGGUGAUGAUUCUGGAGGAGACAAUAACAAUUAUAUAGCAAAUAAUGAUUUAAAUAAAAUUCUACAAUUAAAUCAUGUCCAUUUACGUAAAGCUAAAUUAAUGUUUUUUUAUCAACGAUAUCCAAGUAGUUCUGUUCUUAAAAGUUAUUUCCCAGAUGUUCAAUUUAAUAAACACAAUACUGCACAGGUAAUUUUUCUUGUCAAAUGGUUUUCGAACUUUAGGUAUUUUUAUAUAUUUUUAUCAAAAAAAUUUUGUUAAGUAAAGAAAAGGAAAAAAUGUAUUAAAUUACUGUAAUAAAUAGUUGAAGAGAAAUAAAAAGAAAAAAAUGAGUGGCACUGAAUUUCACAGGAAGGGGAUUAAAAAAAUUGAGAGAGAAGAGAGAAUUAAAUAAAGUAGUUAGUAGUAAAUAGAAAAAUAAGGAAAAUGUAGAAAAAAGAUC